AUGGCUGAGGUGGUGGCCUCAGUGUCUGAUUGUUCUGAGUUUCUUCUUGGGGGACGUCCUCCACAGAUCCCAGGCAUCAUAGAGGGCGGUGUCAUUAAGGACCAGAACCGAUACAAACCCAUCUGCCAGACUUUCAACAACACGAGAAGGUUUUUGACUGUCUACGACACCACGAACAAGAUUCCAGUGUUUUCUGCAUACAAGUUUAAAAAGAUAGAAUCUAAGAAAAGACCAAAGAUACCUUGGAUGAUCGAGCCACAGCUUUCAGGGGAUACAGACAAAAACAUGAAGAACUACAAACCAACAAAAGAUGACAAGCAAGCCAUUGACGAUGAUUAUAAAAACAACAGCCAGUGCUGUGAUAGGGGUCAUUUAUAUCCAGUUUCUUAUGGACCUGAGGUUGAUGACAAAAAAUCAACAUUCACCCUGACUAACGCUGUUCCACAAGCAAAGAAAUUUAACAGCGGCAGAUGGAGGGCCGUGUUAAAAAGCUGAUGGAAAAAGUCUGUAUCAAUA